UGCAGGUUUAGUUAGUUUUUGGAGGGUGUUGGGGGAUUGCUCUCUACACGACGAGUGCAGACAGAGCCCGGCAUCGGCUUUGCUUUCGAGGGAAAGGGAGUGGGGUUAAGUUCAUUUUGUGCAGUUGCGGCACUUCACCGCUAUUGCUAUUGCUGCUGCUAGAGGAGGAGGAGGAGGAGGAGGAUGGCUUGAGAUCGGCAAGUUGUGCGGCUUUGUUAUCAAUCACAGGCCAGCCAUGGUGUGCUUGCUUGUGGCCACGAAGGCCGACCCUGCUUCUAUUGGUCCCGCGUCCGCGCUUCUCUCCCUCUGCUCCUCAUGGACGCGAGGGCCUGACAUUGAUAACAAUCCCUCGUACAGAACACGAGAUGUCCGCAUGAUUCACUUACAGGACAAGAUAGUUUACGAGGACUUCUUAGAGCAGCGAUGGGAAACUGUGACAGGGGAGAAUGUGUCGGAAAUUAUUUUCAUGAGCCGGCACACUGCGGCAUCCAACCGACCUGCGCUCACAGUGCACCCAAUUGGCAUACCACACCUGGAGCAUGAUGCAAAUUCGCCGGCUGGAGGGAAACCCGGUCGAGCUUCGCCUCCGAACUCACGCAUCGGCGCUUGGUUUCGUUUAUUGAAAUCCACGGCUGCUAACAACAACCUUCUUCCCGAGUUUGAGGUUACGCUUGAGGCAACGCAUCACGGACCGUGGACUGAAGUUCCUGCGAUGUUCGUCGAGAUCGGCAGCACAGAGGAUUACUGGAGGAGGGAGGACGCAGCUGCCACCGUUGCCUCGGUGUUCAUGAAAGGUUUAGGCUUAGAUGGAGACCAGGCAGUUGGUUGCUGGUCUGAGGAGAUACACGCUGGGGAGAAGGUAUUGUUAGGAAUAGGUGGCGGACAUUAUGCUCCUCGCCAUACAGAUAUUGCACAGAAAGACGGUGUUUGGGUGGGGCAUCUGCUGUCGGGUUACUCUCUGCUGAUGUCCGAUCCAGGUGCUAAUGUGAAGGAUUAUGAUAAGAUUGAAGGGACUUGGAAGGAGGCGAUUCUAGAGGCAGUUUCGGCAACGAAGCGGGCCUUUCCAGGUGGGGAGGUUGUCGCCCACCUUGAUGGUAAGAGCUUCAAAGCCUGGCAAAGGAAUGCCAUCACGUGGUUCCUUGGGAAAAAAAAUAUCAAGGUAGGAAAGCCUGGUGACUUUGCUCCUUGAUUUAUUUAUUUAUUUAUUUUUUCAUGUAUCCGCAUAUACACUUGUAGACCAUUGUUGCAAGUAGCACAAAGAUUCUUUACAAAUUUUUGAUUACAGAAUCUAAUACCUCAGUUUGCAAAGCAGUCGCGUGUCAAUCAGCAGCAGCUAAAAUUCAUGAUAUGUAUAUAUGUAUGAAAAAAUUAUGAAAUAAAACAAGCUUGUGCAUUUUGUUAGAGACUAAA